AUGUCGAAACAAAUCAAUAAUCAAUGGAUUUCCAACUUAUCAGCGGGAUGCUCAAAUGAUAGUCCAGCUAUAAGCGAAUUCUUAUCGGAACAUUUAAAGCGAAUUUCUUUAUGCGAUUCGCUAAAUUUAAUAUUUAAAGGCGGAUAUCUACGGAAAUGGCGUAGAUCAUCCCGUUUAACUCUAUCAGACCCAAAAAACGGGACAAAAAACCUUGCUUUACCAUAUAUAAAUGCAACUCCCAUUUACAGUUCACAGUCUCACGGAAGAUCGCACGAGCUGUUCUUCUGGGUUUCAAAGGUGUGCGACACUCUUUUCCUUCGAUGGCAGUCGCGAAGAAAACGUAGUAGCGAGAGUAUCUUCCCGCUCUGUGCCAUAAAAAGCAUCCAUAGAGGAGAUGAACUGACCUACUUUGACCAUCGUGACCCGUUUGACGGCGUGAGCCUUAAGUUCAUAUUUGUUAUUAACGGGAAGGUUUCACUACAAUUGGGGGCACAGUCAGAAACUGAUGCUCUUCUCUGGAUCUCAGGACUGUAUUUCGCGGCCAGAUACGCACGCAAUGAGUUUUCAGUGCACUGGAUUACAAACUCAGAACUUUUCAAUUCAUUUCUUCAAUCAUGCAAGAAAAAUGCAAAACCCGGCGACUGUGACUUUGACACUAAAGCUUUGAAGCGUUGUCUAAACGAUAAAUACGUAGGGCUUUUGUACAUGAGCAACUAUGACAAAAUCAAGGCCGAAGAUGAUGACUGGCUUCUACCUCACAAUUUGGCUCAAUUUGUCGAAUAUUUGGUGACUUUUGGAUUUGUUUCUAGGCCUGAGAAUGCCGACGUAAUCACAUCAAUGGUACGACGUCUGCUUGAGUUCAGAAAUAACAUUAAUGCCGGAUUCGUCCAGAUGACUUCAAUGAUUGACAGUAGCGCUAAGCCAGCUCACAUCAUACGCGUUUGUAUUGAGCAUUUUGAUUCAUUAAAUGUACAAUACAAAGUACUGAAAAAAGACAUACAGGCCAUUUACCCUGAACUCACAGAUCAAGAAUGCGAGGACAUGUUCUACAAUAUAGUACGGCAAUGCGCUCUCAGAGUAAUACUGAGAACGACCACUGAGAAAUCCGACUUUAUUCAGCAGAUUAGUCCAGCAGAUUACGAGUCGUUUCUGCGGAACAUUCAGUCAUCAGAUUCUAACGAGGUGGUUGCAAACGUAAUUCAAAUACAAUCUUGGUUAUCCCCUUUAUCGUACAUACCCGAUACACCGCCCGAGGUAAGGUCAGGUGGCUGUUUCAGGAAAGUUAAUGUUCCCAGAAUUCCAGUAAGAUUCCUAACAGUUUUAGGUUUUAACUGGUCACUCACCAGUUAUUUUAACAGCAUUUGUAUACCCCAAGACAGUGACGAGAUUUGCUCAGUAUUGAGUUUGAAAUUGACGGAUUUCUGGGUAUCCAGUAGCCAUAACACAUACCUGGUUGGAGAUCAAUUAGGAGGUUCAGCCAGCGCCAGUUCUAUUGCCGAGGCUCUUCUCCGCGGAUGCAGAUGCAUAGAACUUGAUUGUCAGGACGGAUCCGAAGAGCCUGUGCUCUGUCACGCUUGGAAGAACUGUCACUUGACAGGAUCUGUGACGCUCCGUGAGGGACUUAUCGCUAUAAAAGAGGCUGCUUUUGAGAAUAACAAAUUACCUGUAAUUUUAUCCUUCGAAAUGAACUGCUCAGAUGAUUUCAAAUUCAAGACCUUUGAACUUGUUACCCAGAUAUUGGGCGAUGAGCUGUUAACUUUGGACGACGAUGACCCUAUUGACAUCGUUGUCCGUUGUGAGCUGGGCAGCUUGUUAAACAAGUUUAUAAUAAAGGCAAAACAUAAAUCAUCUGAUAGUACCUUUUUAGGUCCUGGAGAAACUGCCUGGCAAUCUUUAAUAACCCUAAGAGGCUUGGAUAUAGAUAAACUCGAAGAUAAUAAAAUCGACUCAAUUAAGCGUAACAGUGUGUUUGCUAUUUCCGAGACUAAAUUCCUUAAAAUGUCCAAGGAUCAAUCUUUGAUUACUGCUCUAUCUGAACGUUGUUUUGUUCGUGUUUACCCUUCAGCAACAAGGCUUGCAAGUACCAAUUUCUGUCCUUUAAAGCCUUGGUCCUAUGGUGUUCAAUUUGCAGCCUUAAACUUUCAAUCUUACGACAGGUCAAUGCUGAUUAAUCAUGGGCGUUUCUACAAUUCAUUUGGCUAUGUACCAAAAUUUAUCUACAAGAACUAUUCAGAUGAUUUUGUUGAGCCCACAGAAUCUAAUACAAAUAUCAAAAAUAGUGAUAAGAUUAAUAAUGACAUAAUGUUAACUUUACAUGUUUUGAGUGGUUCUCAGUUACCAACUUCAACUGGAUUUCAGAACCAAAAUUACUCUAGUUCGUUCAGCAACGUGUUAUAUUCAAUUGGUGAGCAGAAUAUGUUUCUGAAUAAAUCUAACUUGAAUCUUCAAACUUUUGCAAAAUUUAAGGAGAAGCGAAAACUUAAGCAGGCAAUUAAAGAAGGUCUGGAGUUAGAUGAGGAAGAAUCUGGUGAUACUACUCUGUUUAAUGUGAUUAAUAAAUCUGCUAAAACUGUUUUAGAGUACAAGCAGAAGGUUUGUCCAUUUGUGGAAGUUUCUGUUGUUGGUGUUGAUGAAACCACCUUCACUACGAAACCUGUAAACUUUAACACUUUUAAUCCUGUCUGGUCUGAUUCUAAUCCACCUUUUAUUUUUAAAAUCGAGAAUCCUAAUCAGGCUAUUGUUCUUUUUUACGUCAAACACUAUGACAAUAUUUCCUCUGAAAUUAUAGGUCAGGCUGCUUUUCCAGUUAACAGGUUGAGGCCUGGCAUACGUUGGGUUCAGUUAUUGGACUCUAAGUUUAUGGAAAUAGAAUGUUCAGGUUUAUUAGUAUACGUUGAGAUGGAGCCAUUACACAAAGAUCAAUAA